AUGGCGAAGCAUCCUGGAAAGACUUGUGUGGCUGGUGGUCCAGGAGGAAUCAGUUGUACGAACAAAUCUUAUACUCCAAAUGUUUCCAUGCAUAUAUUCCCUAAAAAUGAGAAAGUAAGGGAUCAAUGGGUAAAGUUUGUGAAUGUUCAUAGGCCAGAUUGGAAACCUUCAUCGCACAGCACAUUGUGCUCUGUUGACUUUCACGAGAGCUGUUUUACAAGGCUGAAAUUAAGCAGAUUGCUGCCAGCCAAUACUAGCGAUGAAAACAGCAUUAGCUCUGAAGCAAGUUCAAGCACGAAGCCCAAAGAAAAACGAGUUUUAAAAACGGGAUCAGUUUCAACCACCCAAUGUGCUAUCCAAGCACCAGUGAUCGAACAAAGCGCUCGUGAGAGGAGAAGAUCGCAAGUGUGAAAUGCAUGCUUUUUUUGUUGUUAAUAAUUUUCUUAAGUUAACAUUGUCUUCGCCAGUUUCAUUGCCAGUUAAGAAGAGACAUCGAAAAAUCCUUGACAUAAUAGUUACAAUUCACGUCGUAUUUUAAUCAAAGUUACCAACAAGAAGGCUCCUUAUGAAAGGAUUUUCGGUGUUCGAUGCUCAUAAGUUUGUUUCCGCGCGAUUAAUCGCCCACACUUAAUUCCAGCCGGGGACUUUUUAUUUGACUAAUUGAAGUUGUUUAGCCAAGAUAAUUUCUCCAAUAAAUUCAUCUUUUGUUUUAAACAAUUGCAGUUCUUGGGGAAAAUCGAGCGUGGAGCUAAGAAUGAAGCCGAGCAAGCAGCCGCUAAAGGUGACACAAGUGCCGACACAAGUGCAGUUUUGGAACCAUACGAGGACUGCGACUCCAGCUUCUCUAGACCAAAUAGAAGAAAGUGGGGCACUAAGCAAAGCCACGCAGGCAAAACCUGCAGUAGUGUCGAGGAAAUCACAGGCUACACUCGGCGAGUGCCUGAAGUGUGUUAAUAAAAAGGUGAAAAUAAGGGCUCUUUAGAAGCAAAACGUGCGGUUACGUUUGCAGAGGGAAAAAUGGAAAGAAGCAGCAAGGGGAGUACCACUCAGUGUCCGUAUUUAUUUAGUUCUACUAAACAUACCCCCCGAAAUUAACUAGCCCCUGUCAAGUGGUUUCGGACCUUUUUGGUUUUUCAGGGACAGUUCUUUUUUAUCAACCUUUUUUGGUAGUGUGACUCCAGUGGCGAGGAAGAAGACGAAGCAGAAGAGAGUAUUGAGGAAGUAGAGGGACUCACAGGGGAGGAAGAUAUGGAUUGUUUCAAAGAACCUGGCUUUGCCAGAUGGAGGAGAAACGGGAGGACGAUAUCGAUGCUGAUGAUGAGGAAACUAACCAUCAAUCUACUGGCAACAUCAGGC